GAGGAGGAGGAGGUGUCCACGCGCUGAGACCUGACCACACAGGACCCGCCGUCAGACACACCGCAUGGUGACCUAACAGAGAGGGGCAUCGCAGGAAUGUGUUGCGACAACCUGGAGGAGCCGCUGGCACUGAUGAAAAUGGGUCUGAGCGUGAUCCUCGUCGGUCACGUCAACUUCCUGAUGGGGGCGCUGGUGCACGGCAUCGUGCUCCGGCAAAUCAACCUGCACGAGAAGGCGCGAGGCAUGGUGUACGCCAUCUCCAACGUGGUCACGCUCUUCUCCGGCAUUUUGGGUGUCAUCGUUGGGAUCCUCGCUAUUAUCCUGUCGAAAAACAAGAAGAGCAAACGCCUGACGUGGUCCUUAUUCUCCAUCAGUUUGGUUUCAUCGCUCAUGGCAGGAGGUUCCACCAUUGGGCUCUUCGUGUCUCUAGUGAAGACCAUCAUCAACGGCGGGCGAGUUCUCCUGACUCACUGCCGCUUUCCCGAUGCCAUCGACUACUCCAGCAUUACCAAUGAGUGUCCUUUUGACCCCACCCGUGUCUAUAGUACCACUAUUAUCCUCUGGGUUGGUCUGAUUGUAUCGUGCAGCAUUCAGAUGGUGUUUUCUGCUCGAUGUCUUGCUGCCUGUGCUUCCUUCUUGGGACUGCCUGGUUGCCCCAAAAGCAGGAGACAUAAAAAAACCUAUACCAGACCCAUCAAUGUGGCAAAGUUGGCGAAGGAAACUUCUCAACCUCACCACACCGAGCCCCCAAGAAGGCAACAUGACACUUCACGAGUCUACACCGAGCCUCCCAGAGUCCGUAAUACGUCACCUAGACGUCACACAGAACAACCAAGAUGCCAUGAGGAACGUUCACAAUUCUACACCAACCCUCUGAGAGACCACAGUAAACCAACCAGGCAUCAUAAAGACCCCCCAAGAAGCAACCACAAACCAUCAAGGCAUCCCACUGCGCCUCCAAGACUGGAGCGCCACUCUCCUCACAGGCCCCUUCCUUCCCACAAUCAGAGUCUUCCCACCUCAGAGAGGCAGCCUCUUCGGGAAUUUCACCGAGACUGGUCGGACGUAGAAGGCCAAGAAAUGAGGAGCUGGAGUCAACAAAGAGGGCAGAGGGAGCACCACAACCUGAGGAGGGGUACGUCCGACAGGUCCAGUGUUUGGAUAUAGUUGUGUUUGUGAGGCCAAAUUGUCUUUAAGUACACUUUACUUGUUGCUGUAGUAGCAAUCAAGUGUCCAGCAUCACACAGACAGAACUCCCUCUGUGUGUCUGGAAAAAAUUGGCUUUCAAAAGCCAUAUCCUUAUUGAAUGGAGACAUUUUUUAUUUUCAUAGGGAAUUUUCAGGAUGUUUGGGAAGGACAGGAAGUUUGUACAAGAUGCAGCAUCCGGAGUGUGUUAUUGCUCAUCUUUCUAUUUGUAAUGGUUGGAUUAUAUUAGAGAAAACUGCACUUAAUACUUUAAACUGAGAACGUGCCAGUAUCCAUGAAAGGGCUUGACGACAUGUUUUAUUUUCAGCUAUGAACUGAAAGAUUAAACGCCUUGCUGAAAAAUAAGAUUAGCCAAAUGUGCCAGAGUACUUUCAGAGAUGGCAUAGCCUCUAUGCUAACUUUAGCUGCUAGCAAGAUGGUUCUUUCUCGAAAGAAGACCAGAACCAGCAAUAUUUUUGUUUUCAUCAUGGAAAUCUUUUUAGAUGUUUUUCAUGGUUUUUAUUUUUUUAAUUUUUUUUUUUAAACAAAUGCUGCUAACAAAUGAUGGCUGAGCUGGACUCAACUAUGCUUAGCUUGACUUGAUGCACCAAAAGCCAGUCAGGUAAGGCCUGCACAUACGCCACAAAAACAGAGUAUUUAGUUAUUUUCCUUAUGGUGGUCCUGUCUGAUGAGGACAUUUAAUACUUCAUAAGAACUCAAGUGGAAAACUUUUGGGGAAUUUUCCAAAGGUCCCUCCCAUUGCCACGUGUCAGUGUUGUGUUGUAACCCACUUCAGAUUUCUGAGCAAUCCCACGAUAGUGCUUGGAGACGACACAAAAAUCAAGUUUAGACCACAUUGUAUGUCAAGGACAAAUUGCAAGAAUACCCAAACCGUGUCUUCAAGAACAGAAUGUCAUUUUGUUAUUGUAGCCUGGGGGAGAUGGAACACAUUUUCUGUCCAGACAGAACAUGUACAGACCAAAACAAAAACUGUCCCAGCAAGACAUUAAAGCACACUUAUUGAUAGUGUUAUGUAACCCAAAGCAUAAAUGGCUAACUUAAUCAUGUUUUGCUAAGUUUCCACAGACUAGAUUUCCAAUAAGUAGAGCUAUGUAUUAUUACAAAUGUCAAUCUCAACACAAAUUUAAAGGGCAAAAGUCUUACUCUGUGUCCAUGGUAAACAAACUAAGUGAAUGGUUUGCUGCAGUUAAGUGAAAAAACGCUUUAUGAGAUAAUAAACACUCUGUGCUAGGUUUAGUUGUUAGCAUGGUUAGCAAGAAAGUUCUUUACAACGCUCCACAAAAACACAAACUUGUUUGUUCACCCAGAGCUUCAAGAACUGUCCAACAAUUACUGUGUGGUGAUGUGAGAAGUGAGAGUGGAUACUCUGUUGACAAGUCGUACUGUGGGAGGGACAUGAGAGGAAUUACCAAGUUAUGUACUUGAUUUCUUGUCAAUGUCUUUACCAGAAAGAAUUUUGUUUUUGUUCUUGUCACCUUGAGUAAAAUAACUUUGUUGUAACUCAUGUGAAGUGUGUACAUGUGUUACAACCAGCAAA